AUGUUUGACUCAUUUCUAAAUUAUCAAAAAGACCCUAAAGGAUGCAAUUUAUCAUAUAUGCAUCCUUAUUAUAUAAAACAAAAUGGAUUUGACAGUGAACAAACGCGAUUUGCCGGAAAAUAUAGCCUCUAUUUAUAUAGAGACCAACCUUAUGACACUAGUAAUCAACCUCUAGGAAUUCCUGCACUUUUUAUUCCUGGUAAUGCUGGCAGUUAUAAACAAGUACGUUCAAUAGCGGCAGAAACUUCAAAACUAUAUUAUGAAGUUAUAUCUAAACAAUCUAGAUCAUUUGUUGAUUUUAAUGAAGAGUAUUCAGCGCUUCAUGGGCAUUCUUUAUGUGAACAAGCAGAAUAUCUUAACGACGCAAUUAGAUAUAUUUUAUCGUUAUACCCAUCAAUUAGGAAAAGUCAACAGACAAGUUCAUCAUCUCAACCAUAUCCUGAUCCAACAGCAGUAAUAUUAAUUGGUCAUUCGAUGGGAGGUGUUGUUGCAAGAACUUUAUUCCAGACACCAAAUUUUCAACCUGGCUCAAUAAAUACUAUUUUAACAAUGUCUACACCUCACACCUUACCACCUGCUUCAUUUGAUUGGAAAAUAAAUACCGAAUCCUCAUCAAAUUCUUUGAUGGAUGUUACUUUAAUAUCAAUAGCUGGUGGAAAUUUAGAUACUAUAGUUUGUAGUGACUCAACAAAUAUAAAUUCACUUGUUCCUGAUUCAAAUGGUUUCACUGUUUUCACAACCUCCAUACCUAAAGUUUGGACUUCAAUGGAUCAUCAAUGUAUUUUAUGGUGUGAACAAUUAGUAAAAGUUGUUGCCAAUACUUUGCUAAACAUUGUUGAUAUCAGACGUUCAACCCAAACAAUACCAACAUCGCAAAGAAUGAAGGUAUUUAGAAAAAAUUUAUUGACAGGAUUAGAGGAUUCUAUUGACAUUGAUAAAUCUCCAAGGGGGUCGUAUCAAUUUUUAGAUAUGGGGCAAAGACUUGUUUUAAACAACACAAGCUCAAAAUCUCAAAUCUAUUUAAUGCCAAUUCCACCAUCAGCUCCGCAUUCUACUUUAAACACCUUCACGUUUUUAACUGAUCAAUCACUUUCAAAAUAUUCAGGAAUCAAACUACUUUUAUGUGAUGUUAUGCCAACCGAAGUACCUGAACGAGUGACCGACACCGAUUUCUAUUCAAACGAUUUAUUAUUACCUAUAGCGCCUAAAUUAUCAUGCUUUUAUAUCUCAUCUGAUGAUAUUGUUUUAUUACCAGAAUCGACAUUUGAAAGCAAAAACACAUUUUCUGAUAAAACAUUUAAUUUUGUGAAAUUAAAAGUAAAAGAAUUGGGUGAUUAUCAAUACAUUGUUGUUAUGUUUGAUGAAUUAAAUUUAAUGAAUAAAGGAUUUUUUAUUGGUGAAUUUUACGAUGAAAGUACAACAAUCAUGGAAAUAAAUAAGGUAUUGAUGGACGGAAUUCAUAUUGAUGCAUUUCCUGAACACAACGCACUAGUAUCUAAUUUAAAAAUUCCUGUGAUAGAUAGUAGUUUAUUGACCUAUAAAAUUUCAAUUCAACGUUCAGGAUGUGAUGGACAGCAACAUUUUGCACCAUUUUUACGUCAAUCAAUAUCAUCAAUGUAUGAAUCGAAAUUUUUCGUUAAUAAAGGAUUAGAAUUACAAUUUUGGAUUGAUCCAACGUGUCCUUCACCAUUAUCAAUUGAUAUAGAGUUUGAUUUUUAUGGCAGUUUGGGUAAAAUAGUGAUGCGAUUUCAGACAGUUUUGGCUGCUUUUCCCUUCAUAAUAGUUAUUAUAACCUUUUAUCAUCAAUUAAAAGAAUAUAAUCAUAGUGAUUUAUUGCCAAUUGAUUCGUACAUAAAUGAAAGACUACUAUCGUCAUCACUGUUUGAAAUUGACGAUAUUUUACUUGGAAACCAAAAUCUUUGUUUUUGGUUUUUGCCGGCUUUAUUUUUGAUAUUGAGUACCGGAAUAACAACUUUAUGUUGGAUAUUGUUAAGUUUAUUUAUUAAAUAUGUAGCAGGAAUAAUCAUUUUUAUUAAUAAUCUAGGAUUAUUAAAUCUUGAUAGACAAUUAUUUAGCAGACCAACUGAAUCCAACACAUCGCAAUUGCGAAGAAGAGUUAUCACCGCAACAAUAUUAUUUAUAUUAGUAGCAACAUUUGUGCCAUAUCAAUUUGCAUUUUUAGUGGCUUUUUUCGUUCAUCUUAUGUCAUGUAUACGGUCUUUGGUCAUGGCUCAUUUACAAAUUUAUAAUUAUUAUCAUUAUUUACAUUCAAUCCUAAUGAUUCUAUUUAUGUUACUGCCUUUCAAUAUACCUAUCCUAAUGGUAUGGAUAAGAAAUAUUUCAGUUAGUUGGUUUGAACCAUUUUCAUGGGACAACAAUGUUUUAGCAAUUGCACCUAUAGUAUUUUAUGUUGAGAUUAUCACUAAUGUAAAUAAUAUGUUGCCUAGAAUUGUCGAAAGUAUUACAUCUGAAAGAUUCAUGGACUGGAAAAACAAUUUAUCAUUAUCUGCUGGGUUUAUUCAAGUCAAAUAA